AUGGCUUGUACAUCAUGUGGCACUCUACUGUUGGUAGAGGAUGGCCAUGAAUUGUGCCCCCAGUGUCUGGGGGUGGGGCACCUGAGGGAGGCCCUCUCCGACCCCUGCAUCAACUGCAGCAUUUUGCCGCUCUCUGUGAGAGAGGACCGGCUGCGUCAGGUGGAAGGCCUCCUCUUUAGGAGCGACCUCCCACCCUCUGGGCCCGCUCAUGUCAGUGCAGGUUCCCGCAAAAAGCACCGGGACAAGCGCAGAGCGGGGCCCCAUGACGAGCGCAGUGGCCCUACGCAGAAGAAGGCGAAGGAUGCUCCCUCACGCAGUGAGAUGGAGGAUUUACGGGCUGAACUGGAGCAGCUUAAGGCCUUAGUGAGGGAGCGGGCUCUGCCCUCCCCACCUCUGGCGGUCCCCUGGGAGUCAGAUUGUGGAGACGAUGCUAUGUCUACCAGGGCUUCAAACUCCAUGUUUCAAGGCCGUGACAGUGUGUUUAGCUCUGGCGAGUAUCCCUCCCCUGAGCUGCCGUGUCUGGUGGUUGACCCAGCUAGCAUACAGGCAGAGGCAGGCUCGGAGACAUCCCUCAGGAGCUCUGGGAGCACUGAGCUGGGAGAGGGCCCCUGCCCUUUGCAGGCAACACUACGUGCGGCCCUGGCUAAGGUCGGGCUGGAUGAUGCGCCCGCUGCCCAACCGGCGAGCAACCCAUUCUUUCGCCGGACUCCUGUAGCCCCGCCCUUUGAUGUCCCGCCCUCGCCUGCUUUUUUGCAGGAGCUGCGGCGCUGCUGGGCAGAUCCAAAGGCGUUUGCCUACCAUGGCAAGGAUGCGAGGACUUUGGCCUCCAUGCGCCAGGCGGAGCAACAUGGCCUGGUUCACAUGCCUCCCGUGGACCCAUGUAUCGCCUCACUGGUCCUUUCACCAGAUGAGGCGCUCAAAGAUAAGGCCCGCUGUCCUAGGCCUCAGUGCCGGGUAACGGAUAGCCUUCUCUCGACGGCUUAUGAUGCAGCAGGCCGAAUGGCUCGCAUUGGGAACUCCCUCUCCGUGCUCCUCCUCGCCCAGUCCCAGAUGUUGCAGUCGGAGCAUGAGGGCGGGGAGUUGGGUGACACUAACGACGCUGCGCUCCAAGCCUUCGGGCUGAUGACCAGAGAGCUUGGCCGCCUGAUGUCCACCCUGGUGGUGACGCGGCGUCAGGUGUGGCUGGCGCAGGCACCCAUGUCUGAUGAUUGCAGGCAGACGCUACGGAAGCUUCCGCUCAGCACUCCAGGAGACGGGGCGCACAAGACCUGCGCCGCUCACAUCCCCCGAGCCCCCCUCCGCAGCCCUGGCAGCACAGCCGGGUUGCUGGGGGUGGUGGGCGUCAGCCCAGGGGCGCACACCCUCCACCUCGCCGGUCUCAGCGGGUGCAGGGGCAACACCAGCGUCCCCCCAAACCCCCAAAUAAUCCUCGAGGCACUCUAUGAGGGCCUCGGGCCGGCGGUGGGCAGGUUUUCACAUCAGCACCUGGCCUAUUGGGCAGCCCAUUCUCCAGAUGUAUGGGUUUUGAGAACACUGUCCCAGGGCUACAGGUUGCAGUUCCGCCGCCGGCCCCCACCACCCUCCGGGGUCAGGGAAACCUCGGUCAGAGACCGCGGGAGGGCCCUGUGUUUGUCACAGGAGAUAGCCAAACUCUUGGACAAAAAGGCCAUCACAAGAGUUCACCCACAUACACAGAGCAGUGGGUUUUACUCAACAUACUUCCUCAUUCCGAAGAAAGACACUUCUCUUCGGCCUGUGCUGGACCUUCGGGGUCUGAACCAGUACCUGAAGGUCCUCCCAUUUCGGAUGCUGCGUACACGCAACGUCCUUCAAUCUGUCACUCCAGGGGAGUGGUUCACCUCCAUAGACCUCAAGGACGCCUACUUUCACGUCCCAAUACACCCAGAUCACAGACGGUUUCUCAGUUUUGCCUUUCAAGGCCACGCCUACCAGUUCACCGUCCUGCCUUUCGGCCUGUCCCUGGCUCCUCGCAUCUUCACCAGAUGCAUGAGGGCGGCCUUGACAUCGCUAUGCCUGUCGGGAGUAAAGAUUCUCCCAUAUCUGGACGACUGGCUUAUAUGCGCCCCCUCGCUCCAGGAGGCGGAGCUGAUGACAUCCAGGGUCCUCACACAUAUCGAGGCUCUGGGCAUGUCGGUAAAUUGGGAGAAGAGCUUGUUGCGUCCUACGCAGCAGACCACCUUCAUCGGCCUGUCCCUCGAUUCCGUGUCAAUGCAGGCACGCCUUACUGCAGAGCGGGCACAGCGGAUUCAGGACCUGCUACGGUCCUUCCGCCUCGGGAUGAGGUUGCCCGUCCACGCAUGGCUCCGACUGCUGGGGAUGCUGUCGGCGGCCUCAGCUGUGACACCUCUGGGGCUGCUGCACCUGCGCCCCCUGCAGAUGUGGUUCAACAGCCUCCAGAUGGACCCUCGCCUUCACAGGUGGGUCAAGGUCAAGGUUACCCACCAGUGCCUUAUUCAUCUCCACCGGUGGCGGGACAGCACCUUUCUAUUGCACGGUGUUCCUCUCGGCUCAGUCCCUUCGAGGCGAGAGGUGGUGACAACAGAUGCCUCACCUCAGGGUUGGGGUGCGGUAUGGCAGAAGAGGUCAGUCCAGGGGGUUUGGGGCCCUCUGUGGCGGGGACGGCACAUCAAUGUCCUAGAACUCCGGACUGUCUACUUGGCGCUGAGGCACUUCUUGCCCUUUCUCAGGGGCAAGCAUGUCCUCGUCCGGACAGACAACACUUCGACAGUGUUUCAUGUCAACCACCAGGGGGGAACCAGGUCGCUGGACUCCCUGAACGAGGCCCGGAGGUUGUGGAUGUGGGCUCAUCCUCAAUUGGCCUCCUUGAGGGCAAUGCACCUCCCUGGCAGAGCCAACGUGGUGGCGGAUUCCCUCUCACGCCGGCAGCUGCCCCCAGGGGACUGGCGGUUGCACCCCCAGGUGGUGCGACUGAUUUGGGAUCGAUACGGGGAAGCCCGUGUGGAUCUGUUCGCCUCGGAGUGUACGACUCAUUGUCCACUGUGGUUCUCCUUGGCAGAGACCAGUUCCCCGCUCGGGAUGGACGCUCUCGCCAACACUUGGCCGAGAGGCCUCCUUUAUGCGUUCCCUCCGAUUCCCCUGGUGAUGCCCACGCUUCACAGGGUGAGAUUAUCGGGUCACAGGGUCCUCCUGGUGGCGCCCAAGUGGCCCUCGAGGAUUUGGUUCUCCACGCUCCUCAGCCUGUUGGACGGGGAGCCUUGGCAGCUCCCAGUACGGUCGGACCUCCUGUCCCAGCUGGGCGGGGAGGUAUGGCAUCCCUCUCCGAGCCUCCUUCAACUCUGGGCCUGGCCGUUGAGAGGGAAGGGUCAUUCUUGACGCACCUUGAGCCCUCGGUAUGUGAGACCUUGCAGAAUGCUAGAGCUCCUUCCACAAGAAGGGUGUAUUCGCAUUGCUGGGCCGCUUUCUCCUCCUGGUGCAGGGACGGGGGUUUUGACCCGAUCUCCUGUCCGUUACAAAUUGUACUGCGGUACCUGCAGUAUCUGUUUGAGGCGGGCCGGGCGGCCUCGACCUUGAAGGUGCACGUAGCGGCUAUUUCUGUCCACCAUGGCCACAUCGAUGGUAGACCAGUUGGUGCGCAUUACUGGGUGGCACAGUUUCUGCGGGGUGCCAGGAGACUGCGCCCCCCCAGAGUGCAGCGUGCAGCAGCAUGGGACCUGCCGCUGGUCCUGCAGGCCUUGGGCGAGGCCCCCUUUGAGCCUAUGGCAGGGGGGUCCUUGAGGACGACGUCAUGGAAGACCGCCUUUCUGUUGGCUGUUACGUCUGCCAAGCGUGUGAGCGAGCUCCACGCCCUUUCAGUCAGUCCUA